AUGUGUUAUAGAUAUUACAAAUAUAAUAGUGAAUACACCGAUUCGAAAAAGAGUUGUCAAGUCUGGAGGACUGUGGCGAGUUACACGAAGUUACACUGUGGCGAGUUACGCUAGUCAGGUUGUUGUUUUUAGUCAGGAAAUUUACAAAAUAAUACUAAAAAUUAUACAAAGUUAUAUAAAAGGUUUUCAUGGAAAAAUUGUUGUUUAAAGUUGCAUGCCAUCGUACUGUUGUGUACCUCUUUGUUCUCAGCAAGGAUACCGACUCUCAAAUGGUGAAAAGGUUUCAUAUUUCAACUUUCCAAAAGAUAAAACUGCACGUAAACAAUGGAUUCAUGCAAUAAGGCGCGACGAAGGGAACUAUUUUAAAAUCCAUGACAAGACAAAGGUUUGUUCUCUUCAUUUUAAGCGUGACGACUUAAAGAAAUCUUUAAAUGGAAGAAUAUUUGUAAAGGAAGGCAAUAUUCCUUCAAAGUUUGAGUGGAAGCUAGAAUCGCCGAAGAGACGAAAAGCACCAGCAGUCCGACAGCCACUCGUCAAGAACACAACAUGCAACAAUGUGCCAAGUACUUCUUCACAUGCAGAUUUCACAGCCAGUAAAGUCAAUGACAACGAGGAAUUAUUGAAGGAAGAGUUGACAGACUUAAAACGCGUACAGGAAGUAUUGGAACGAACUAUUAAACACACUGAAGAUAGCCUUCGCGAUGCAAAAGAAACAAUCUCUAACCUUCAACAAGAAAACUGUGAUCUUAAAAAGAGUAUUUGUUUAAUUCAGGAAGAAAGCGUUCAGAACAGUGGACACAUGAAAAAACAGAUCGAAAUUCUGAAGAAACAGAGCGAAAUUAUUGAACCAUUGUUGAAUUUGAACAGUCUAACGUCCGACCAAGAUAUUGCUUUCUACACAGGAUUUCCCAACUAUGAUAUAUUUAUAGCACUUUUUAAUUACCUUAACCCUGGGACACAUGGGGAAAAUAUAAGGUAUGUGAGGGAAAAACCAAAUGAUUUUUAUGUUGCCAUCGACGAUAGUGAACCAGAGAAGGAAAAUGGUGAGAGAAAGAAGGGAAGGCCAAAGAAGCUUAAACCAAUUGAAGAAUAUUUUAUGGUGUUGUGUAGGUUACGCAGAGGUUUUUCAAUACAGCAUUUAUCACACUUGUUUGGUGUCGCAUCAUCCAGUGUAAGCAGAAGUUUGACAGCCUGGAUCAACUUUAUGUACUUAAAGUUUGGUCAAAUUAACCUCUGGCCAUCGAAGCAACUUGUGCAAGACACUAUGCCUGAUGUAUUUAAAGAAAAAUAUCCAAACACUCGUGUCAUAAUAGACUGUACCGAAAUAAGAUGUGAGAUGCCGGGCAGUUUAUUAUUGAAUGGUGAACUGUUCAGUUCUUAUAAGAACCACACAACGCUUAAGGGAUUGAUAGGGAUAGCACCAAGUGGAGCCAUUACUUUUAUAAGCCAGCUAUACACAGGGUCUAUAUCUGACCGGGAGAUUGUGAUUCGAAGUGGUUUCCUUGACCAAGCUUUUGUUGAUGGUGAUACAGUCAUGGCUGAUAAAGGAUUCACCAUACAAGAUCUUCUACCAUUGGGGACAACUCUGAAUAUACCACCAUUCCUUGGUCAGAAUUCCCAAAUGGGUGCUGAAGAUGUGAUCCGCACACAGCAAAUUGCUAGUGUGCGAAUUCAUGUUGAAAGGGCUAUAAAUCGCAUUAAAAACUACAAGAUUUGGAGUGGGGUAGUACCCCUUAGCUCAUUUGAACUUGUGAAUCAAAUGUGGUCCGUAUGUGCAUUUCUGUGCAAUGCACAAGACAAACUUAUCAGCAUAUAA